CGAGUUUGACUGAAGGAAUUUGCCCAACUUCGGCAUCAGCAAAGUUGGAGAAGCAAGAGGAUUUGCACCAGACUUGAGAUCUUUGCUACAACAGACAGCGAGAGGAAAAGUCUCCCUCAAGUUUUUCAAAGAGGAACUAGCUAGCUUGCAAUAGCUAACUGCCUCAGUUGUUAGCUAGCAGGCUAGCUAGCCAAAACCACAAUCCAGGAAAAAGGGAAGACUGUUUCCAUUAACACGAUGAUAAAACAGCCGCAGAGCACUGACCAGAGUGCAGGAGCCCCCAGCAACACCAUCAACAUGGCUGACAUGUCAGUGGAGGAAAUCACCAUGAAGGCCAACCAGUUGACAGAUGAGUCACUGGAGAGCACAAGGCGAAUGUUACAGCUGGCAGAGGAGAGCAGGCAGACAGGGGUGAACACCAUGACCAUGCUGGACACGCAGGGAGAGCAACUGAACCGUGUGGAGGAGGGCAUGGACCAGAUCAACGAGGACAUGAAGCAGGCAGAGAGGAACCUGACUGACCUGUCCAAAUGCUGCGGCCUGUGUGUGUGCCCCUGCGACAGGGUGCGGUCGAUCGAGCACGACGGGCGCUACAAGCGCACAUGGGGCACGGGCAGCGACAACGCCAGCGCCACGGGGGCAGACGGCGUGGUGUCCAGCCAGCCCCCCAGCGUCCGCAACGGGCAGCCCGUGCAGGCCUCCGCCGCCCCCUCCGGGCCCUACGUCAAGAGGAUCACGAACGACGCGCGGGAGGAUGAGAUGGAGGAGAACCUGGACCAGGUGGGCAGCAUCAUCGGUAACCUGAAGAACAUGGCGAUGGAUAUGGGCACGGAGAUCGACCGGCAGAACAAACAGAUCGACCGCAUCACCGACAAGGCUGAAAUGAAUAAGGUCCGCAUAGACGAGGCCAACCAGAGAGCCAACAAACUCAUCAACUAGAGAGGAGAACGUGUCACCGUGUCACUUCCUGCUCUGACCCCGGGUCCCCUCUGCAGCUCUCUCUCCCUCUGUCCGCCCCUCCCCUCUUCCUGCUCUCUCAGACAAUCAGCGAGGGCUGUAACGGGAGAGAAGCACGCCGAACACACAGAACCCUUCCUCACAAAACAUUGUUUUCCUCACCGCUAUUUAUAACUGAAGGCACAGGUCUGUCUGUCAGUCGCUUCUCUUAGUUGUAAAAGCUAUCAUUAAGGUCCUUUUUGACUGCUGUCUAAUUUGGGAUGUAUAGUUCUCUUUGAUCUGUGUCGGUUCACCUACACCCACACACUGAAGCACAGUUCCUGCCCUAGUGAAGUGUGACAGACUUAAAAAAAAAAAAAAAAAA